GAUUUGCUUCCUUGUUUAAAACACACUGACCUGGUGUGAUUCAGACGAAGGCUGCACAAAAGUACCCGACCUGUGUAAGAUGAGUUCUGUUAUCUGUCUGUUGGUGAUCAUCCAGGCCGUGUCGGUUACAGCUGCACAAGGACCAGGAUCAAGUUGUCACUACAAGAAUGGAUGCAGUCCUCCCCCGACGUGUGUUCAGUGCCUCCUCCAGCUUGUCAGACAGACUGGUCUGGAACGUACUGUCAGAUGCAUAACAUCGCACAUGGUAAACCUGCCAGUCAGAGCAGCACAUGGACAGACAAUACCGGUGGACAGACAUAUGAUGCCGGUAAAGCUGUUGACGGGGAUUUCAGCACAGACUGGAACAGUGGUAGUUGUUCACAUACAGACGAACAUGGUGGUGGGAAUGCCAGCUGGCAUGUUUUUCUUGGUGGAACGUUCCUAAUCAGCCGGAUGACAAUCUACCUCCUUA